ACAGUAAUUGCUAACUAACGUUAGCUAGCUGAGCUACUCUAUUUGAUCUGAGCCACUAGUCUUAUGACAAACAAUAGGCAACUCCAUGUACAGAUAAUUCAUGUAUUUCAAUCAAUGCGCCCUUGCAAGUGGCAUAUUUGCCGUCAAUAUAGACUUCAAUACAUAGUUGGCUAGCAAGAUGAUUUGGCUACUUGGUGGUACUCACUAUUCGUUUAUGUUGUGUGCCAAGUCUCAUUGGAUCUAACAUUACUGCAGUGAGAUGCAAGUUAGGAUUGUCAGGUAGCCUGAGGCUAGUUUUAUAAACUGUGUGGGGGUAAUUCAGGACACAAAGCACCCAUUAGGUGUUGUGGUGUAAUAAACAUUCAUUUUUACAUGCAGACAUAGGGAAGUAGUGUGGGUGGACUCCCUUGGUCAGUUGGUAUAGGCCUGACGUUACACUUGGAAUCACCACUAUCUAAUAUUACAGAACGUAUUUCCUCAGAAUAUUCCCAUUCUCACUUUGAUUUAUAGGCUUAAGGAGAUAGGCCUGGUCAGCUACUUGGAAAUUACUAGGUCUAGCCAAACUAUAUUUAAGUUGACCCUGGGUGUCACCCAGAUAGCUAGUUUAGUUGGUGUGAGAUGGAUGUAGAUAUAAAGCCAGAGGAGGAGGAGGUGGGGAUAUCCCCAGCUGUCAUUUGGUCUGACACUUUUGAUGCAGGUUAUUCAUGUGCCGAAAAUAGAUAUGACACAGCAAAACAACGUCUUAUUUGUAAUCGGUUAGAAGAUACAAAAUCAAAUGAUAGCGAGAUUAAAAUGAAAUCAACAAAAGUUGGUGCGCCACUUCAAACAGCUGUAAAUGUGGGUGGUAUAGGUGUUGUUCGUGUUCACACAGAACAGGAUAGCCCAAGCACCUCUGUAGGGAAUGUAAUCAAAGAGGAGCCAUGUUUUUACAUGUCACCCAGUGAUAUUCAGAUUGGAAAAGUAUGUACCUUGUCUCGGUCUGUCCUGGUCAGCAACAUUAAACAGGCAAAUGUGAUGUCCUUUGCAGAGAAAGUGGUGAAAAACUGCUACCCCUUGUGUAAAGAAAUAGGUGUGGAAUUUGAUGUGAGAUCCAAACCACUAUCCAAAACAAAACUUGACUCACAGUUACUGACUAAUGGUGUAAUGUAUGAGGUUCAUAAGUUUGCAAAAAAUACAAAAAGGAGUUAUACGUAUACUGUCUAUAAUAUUCUGAAAUAUAAUUUUAAUGUAUGUUUUCAAAAUCAGAAACGCUGUCAAAAUGCCAUACAUAUUGCAUCUAAACUGAAACGAAUGGCCAAACGGAACCAUGUCGCAAAUAAAGACUUUUCAAAAAAAGUGUUUAUAAUACCGCUUGUGACUAGACAAAACAAGAAAAAAGAAGCUACUCCACCUGCAAGAUUCUCAAAAAGACAAUUGGAUUUGAAAGGGAUACAAGAGGCAAAUGAUACAGAGGAGAAGAGGAACUGUCAGAAGAUGGUUAGCAAGACCGGUUUGAAAAAUAUGAUCGCUGAUGCAAGGACUGUAUGGUCUCUGCAUGAUGAAGAGAUCAUCUCUAUCGAAACAGCUGAAACUGUCAAGCUUGGCCAAGAUAAUGGACCCACUGACUUCUGCUUAAAGGAGUCUGAUGUUCACUCUGGGGUCACAGAGCAAACCCCAUGCCCAGAGAACUACCAAGUUGACAUUUGCAGGAAAAUGAUCAAUGAAAUUGUUACGAGUGGUGAAAUGCAACAGAUGAGAUGGAUUUUUGUACCUUUUUCAAACUGUUUUGGUGUUGGGACUGGUUCGGAAAAGAAAUUUCAACAAAUCCUUGCUGAAUACAGAUCAGACAUCCUACCACUGGUAGUUGAGAAACAUUGUGGCUUUAGUUCCACUGAAAAGACAAUGAUGUGCCUUGUAAGUCAGCUCUUCUGUGGCUUACAUUUGAUUGAUGGCUUAGCUCACCAGGCAAAAACAACUCUUCUACUUUGGGAAAAUAUGAUUUUAGGAGAUAAAGAAGUAGGAGUCCAUAGCUCCCCUAACAUUGGGACAACAGAGUUGGAGUCUGGAACAGUGCGUUUGGUGAGUUCUGUGAGUGAUGCUGUGCAAGAGCUUGGAUGGGCAGAGGACGGUCAGCUUGUUCCGUUCGAAAGCUUUUUGACCAGCAAAAAAGAAUUUGAUGAAGUUCCUUUGUCUCUAUCCAUUGGACACAGAAUUGAUGGUCUGUUUCAUAAUUCUGCUGGAGUGUGUAGCAUCCAUGAUGAUUUGGUUGAGUUUACCAGUACGUACGGAGCUGAGAGUAGUUUGCUUGCUGCAGUUGUUGCUGAUUUGGAGGUUCAACAGUUCAAGGCCGGAUGCAGAGCUCUGGGUCUGGUUUCCAAGCUUAUCAUUGAUCCUCUCUGGAGAGCCUUAACUUUGAAGGGAAACGUGUUGGAGAUGGAAGAAAGAUACCAAACCCUUGUUACCAAACUCAAGGAAUGGCAGGAAGAUGGGAGAGACCUUGUUAAAAGAAAUGCAUGCUUGUUUGAUGACAUUGAUGUACCCAAGAACCUUGUGUUUGACAGGCUUACCAUGUGGACCGACACAGACUUUUUUGAGUUGACUGUUCAGAUUGUUGAGUUGAUCCUAGCCAGUUUUCUGAAGGUAUGUUCUAUGAUGCUUCCAGUCGAACCAGAGCUCCUGUCAAAGAAAAAUGAUCGAUUCAGGAAGGAUUUGGCAAUAUUAGAUCAAUUGCAAAAAGCUAAGUCAAAUGCAGUCAGUAUUGCCAUUGAAGGCAUGGACAUGUGCAAGAAGAAUCACACUUGGGAAUGGCUGUCCUUUUUGGAUGAACCAAAAAUAGUGUCAAUGAGGAAAACAUUCCAGACAGUGUAGGCAAAGGAAGAAGAAAAGCUCUCUGCCACACCUGCAGAAGAAUGGAAAUGGUAAAGGAAUAGACAUGAGACAGGAUAUGUAUUUUUUAAUUUUAAUUUAUCUAUUUACUAAUGAACCACAGUACAGAACCUUUUAAUAGCAUGGCAUCUUUCAAAAAAUGCAUGGAAUGUGCUAUUUUUUUCUAGCACCUUAGCUUUUGUGUUUAGACUGGUGAAAGAUAAACAGCAAUGCAACCUCAGAUGAGUUCAGACAAGUAGAUACAAGUAUAAUAUAGUUACAUUAUAUACCUAUUUUGUGGUAUACUGUAUAGCCUAAAUAUGUUCAAACGUGGUGUCAGUAAAUGUUGAAUGUCGAAUAACGCUUAUCCAUUUUGUACCACAUGUGAAUGGUUCCACGUGCUUACCUGUUUUUAUAUUGUUUGAAAUCCAAUGUAGAGGUUUUUCAGGAAGUGUGCUGUCAGGAAAAGUGUAGAGGCAAUAGUUGAAUUUGCAGAUUCCCUUGGCCUUCUAUUCCCUUUUGAUGCCUGGUCAUGUUUAUGAAAAAAAGAACAUGAUCAUUUUGAAAUGAGACCAGUCGUUAUUUUAGUGUUAUUAGCUGAUUUCUGGACCAUUUUCCCCUCACUUUUUGUAUGACCAUUGAAUUGCCUACUUGAAUGGUCAACUUAAAUAGAAACAAGAUGGAGAGCAAGGCUCUGAAAGUUGUCAACUUUUCCACUGUCAAAAUGAGUCAUGCUUUGUUUUAAUUGUUUUUAAAUACAUUUUUAAAUCAUAUUUUCGUUAUCCAUUUUUGAGAGCCUGUUUUAUCUCUAUAUUUUUGUUGGAGAUCAAGAUGUUUUCAUUAGGACAAAUGCACACUGGACUGCAGUGCUUUUCUAUCUGCUGCAGCAUUCAACCUUCCACAUUACUGUAGACUUCAGGAAGAACAUGCUUUUAGAUAUAAACAUCAAAUAAUUAGCAUAAGGCCGAGUUCCAGGUUUGUGAUGUCCACCAUGAGAGAUUCUUAUUGAAGUUUAACCAGUGACUAUCCUCUGCUUGAAACAAUUACGGGAUGUGAAGUCUGAUUCUGUUCUCAACUUGUUGACCUGCCCUGAGGAUGUUGAACACCACUGUUACACCUUCAGCCAUUUAUUUUUUUCCUGUCAGUCGAUGGGCUGACUGACCUCAAGGCGCAGAAGGUGUUUUAAGGUAUAGGAGGAGGUCUGGUCAUCUAGUCUGGUGCAGUGGGGUGUUCCAGGUCCGCAACACUUGAGGAGAAAACUUCUUAAUCAUGAUAAGGUCCUCUGCUUGCCAUACUAGAGGGACAUAGUCUGUUUCUAUCCUCAACUUGCGGACCUGCCCUGAGGAUGUUUUACACCACUGUUGCGCCUUCAGCCAUGUUGAUUUCCGACUGGUUGUCUUUGGACUACAUGCCAUGGGCUGACUGACCUGAACCUUUACCAGAACAGAAAUACAAUGUUCAUCAGACUUUCCUCACAUUGGAUUACUCUCUGAUUAGUUAUGAGGUCACAGGAAAUGGACUCAUUACUCAUAAAUCAUUGCAGCUCACUUGACUGCUUCUGACUGUGGGUAGCAGAGCUCUCUGGUGUUUCACUAUUUGAAAUUAAACAACAAAAAUGUAAAUGACCAUUGUUUUACACUUCCGACAUAUCGCGGCAGUAAGAGUAGUAUUCUACCCGACUCAUAUAAACAAUAUCCUUGAGUGUUUCGUUGAUGAAUGUAUCUUUAUAAGAUUGUAUUCCUUUUUUACCUGUAAAAAACCUGUAGACAUGCAUGACCCUGUAAAUAUUUUCAAGGAACAUAAAUCUCACUACUUGGUAUUUUUAUAUGGGGAUUGUGAGAAAUAUAUUUGUAAUGUACUUUUGUAUGUUAAUGGUAAAUCAAAAUAGUUUUAAUUGGACUAGUCCAUAAGAUUUUUGUUAGGAUUUGUUUGUCUUCACCAACUGUUCUUAAUUAUGCAACCUUUUUUGUCCAAUUAUCUCCACGUAAUACAGCCAUCUUUUCCAUUCUUGGU